AUGUUAAACUUGGCAUCUAUCGUUGCUCUCACUUGCGUCCUUCAACAGGUGCAGUCGGUUCCUGUCACUGGGUCGACCUCUUUAUCCACCCGAGACGUCAUACCUAUGCUUCCACCCAAAGGGGACGCGGAGGAGGAGAAAUACCAGCCUCUUCUAGACUUCGAUACGGACAGCUGCUACUACACAUCAGCCAUCGACAUAGGCGGCAGAACCAACCCUGGGCUGGAACCAUACUGGGGUAACAGUCUCUCCAAGUGCCGAGAGUCUAGCCGCAUUCAUAGCAGCCAUGUCUAUUCUCGACAGCGAUGUAACAAUGGCUGGUGUGCCAUCAUGUACGAAUACUACUUCGAGAUGGACCAUACUGGCUUCGAAGCUUUUGGUGCAGGCCAUAAGCAUGACCGGGAGAACAUUGUCAUCUUUGUCAAAGACAGCCAAGUCAAACGUGUCGCGCCUUCGUGCCAUGGAAAAUACGACAAGGCGUCAGAGAAUUUUCUGACUGGUGGAGACCGUGCCAAACUUGUUUUCCACAAAGAUGGACUUGGUACACAUUGCUUCCGUAUUGCCACCAAGAAAGAUGAUGACAAGGUUGAGAACUUUACUAAGGACUGGAUUCUGGGAAGUGUUCUGGGUUGGAACCACUGGCCUUCUGGAGAGUUAAAGUACAAGAUGUUUGAAGCCUGGCGUUCAGGUGUUGCCCCAAAGUUGUGGGACUGGGAAGAUGCUUUCACCAAGAACCUCCGGAUGGCUGCUGGUGAUAAAGUUCCCGGUUUCGAUCCAAGCCGUGACGAGUGA